CCUUCGUAUUAGAGAAAAAUCAUUAGCUACCUCUUAUAGGAAAGAUUUACUCUCAAGCGGAUAGUGCUAUUAUAUGGUUAGGGGAAGAAGAGAACAAUAGCAACCUUGCAAUAGCUUUCCUCAGGAGGUGGCAUGCCGGUAUUCUCUCUGCUCAGAGGCUCGUUCCAGGACGAUUUUGAACCAGACCUUUAUGGACAGUCAUGUCAUUCGUCGACGAACCGGUUGAUAAGUGGAGCAUUCAAGCAGUCGAUUCUUUGCUGAUGAGGAGCUACUGGAGUCGGAUGUGGAUUAUCCAAGAGGUUGUUCUAGCCAAGGUAUUGGAAAGUGAUCGAUUUAUUGAUGAUAAAUCGAUAUAUUGGAGGUUGACAAUCUGUAAAAUGACUAGAUACAGGAGAAGUGAGUUCUAGAAACAGAGGAAAAGUAUCCAAAGUAAUCAAAAUGACGAUAUACUAGUAAGCUUGGUA